GUGCUGCCGGCUUGGCCAACAAACUGGAUGCAGUGAUCCACAUAUUGUUGCUGGAAGUUGGGUGGAGCGAUAACCAUCUGGACGACUUGUCUUCGUACAGCCGUCAGGUUAUCAACAAUUGCAGUGACCAAGGUGUGGAGUACGAGAUUGCGCAAGCACCUGCAGUUGACUUGUCGGCGCUGCUAAGUGAGCGCGCUGCCGAUCUUCAGUCGAGGACGAGAGGAACUGUUCCAGCCUUGACCGACGAUGUUCAGUACAAUGCGCUGUGCGACGAGGCUGCAGAGGAGGCACGUGUGCCGGCGAACGUCGUAGCCCUGCCCGACGAAGAGGCUGUGGCAAUCCGGGAGGGUGCGCAGCAAGAGCGGGACAGGGUGUCCCGGCUCUUCCCGAACAGCUGGCAUACGGCUGAUGUCAAACACGUGGUCGAUAACUUGCUGCACGAGUGGGACCCACUUCUCUCGGCACUUCGCUCGGUGGAGAAGUUGUUGCGAUGGACGACGAUGAGAGAGCGCUUUCAGGCGUGCUGCAUCGAUCCCGACGAUUCCAGGGCCGCCCAGCUGAACACUUGGUCGCAUUCACUGGUGUCGCUCCGGUGGGAGGCGCUCGUAGACUUCACGGGUGGCCUGUUGGAAUUGGAACCAUUGCUUCGACAGUGCUGGAGCAAAAAAAAGUUCCUUGCCGGCUCGCCUGGACGCCGCGUGCUCCAAGCUGCAGAUGCGAGCACUGGCGAGCACUCGACGUCUGUGGCUGUCGAGGGCAUUGAUGCAGCGUUAACUUCUGCAACCUUUUGGACAGGUGUGGCACUUUGCCACGAUGUCGCCUUCGAGGCAGAAUUCGCUGGCCGCUGGGCAGAGGGGUGUGGCUGUUGCAGGAAACCGAACCCGACGUGCGCCUUCAAAGGAUGCCGUGCCGCAGAGUUCUCGUCAGGAGAAUGGCAGCAAGAACUCAAAAAAACCAUGAUCAAGAACAGGUCAGCUCUAGGGCAAUACUUGGUGAUGUCACGUGACACCGAUCGCGCCCAGUACUUUUCGGACUGGGCGAAGGCACGUGCACGGUUGUGGGGAGGCAUUCAGGUAAAGCUUGGGUACUGGCAGCAGCUGCCGUGGCUGUGGGCGCAGGGUGGCAGAGGGAGGCUUCACGCUCAAAGCCAAAGGUUCUUGAGCGAAGAAUGGUAUGGCCUGAGUGGUACUGGGGAAGCGCCAGACCUCUCCGAUCCACCUUUGCGAGGCUUUGUCCAGCGCUUGGCUCACGGCGAGUCUGUCUUGCAGAUCCACGCCUCCGCUCCGGAUUCCACGGCUGUAGCCUCCCUGCUUUCGUGGCUGGCAGCAAUGAGACACGCGCCUGGGUGGGGAGCCACUGUGUAA